AAAAAAAAAAAAAAAAAAAAAAAAAAAAAAAAAACAAAAAAAAAACUGAAAAAAGAAUAUAAACAAUGAAUCGUCAUUUACACUCGCCUACAAAGUUGACCGAAUUUGCACGAAAUUUCGAAGAACAACCUGAAACAUUACUUACAAAAUUUGUUAACAAAAUUACAAAUGCUUAUAAUACUAGUUAUAAUACUGUAAAUGAUGUACCUUUUAGUAGAGAUUCGAUGGCACAAUCUUCAUCAAUUAUUUCCCCUCAGCAAAAUUUGUCACAAACUAGCUUAUGUAAUGUAGAUGAAUCUCGUAAUGAAAUGUCGAAGACUUCGGAGGUAUCAACAUCAAGUUCUGAAAAAUCAAUAUCAAUUAUAAGUAAUGACGAAUCUCCGGAAUUGGUAGAAAAACCUCCUGCUUUACCGGUCGAUAACCAAGAGGGAAGAACUAUGCUCAACGUUUUAAAAAGAAUAAGCAAUAUAGUGGCUUCUAAAAAUAAUAAUUUACGAAAUUAUAAAGAAACUGAUCUUCAACGAUUAUGGAUGCCAGAUGAGAAAGCAAAGGAAUGUUAUGACUGCGGGCAAAAAUUUUCAACUUUUAGAAGAAAACAUCAUUGUCGUUUGUGUGGUCAAAUAUUUUGUUCAAAAUGUUGUAAUCAGGUAGUACCUGGUCGAAUAAUAAUGUGUUCAGGAGAUUUAAAAGUGUGCACAUAUUGUUCGAAAAUUGUGUUGAGUUACUUAAAAUCAUCAGACAUAGCACUUGAUUUAAAACAUGAUUUACAAGCACUUCAACAGGACUUAUCUAAUAAAUUUCAUCAUCAUCAAGAAACUAAUGAAACUAUCGAGCCAAGAAAUUUGGCGAUCCAACGCAAGAUCUCAGUCGGUUAUCAAGAAGAAAGAUUUGUUACCACACAGCCUACAAUGACUUUGUCCAAUGCUGAUAGAAAAAAUAUUUUACAGCAAUCACAUUCAUUGAAAAGUCUCUAUGAAGAAAUGAAAAGAUUACUUCCUCUUCAAAAUUGUGGCUUGGAUUUAAUUGCUUUUCUAAUAACUAAUCAAAAAUCAUCUAAUAAAGUACAAGCUAUUGCAAUUUUAAACGCAAUGUUAGAGGGUGGUUUUUUAAUUCCCCUUGUACCAGACUCUGAACAGAGAGAUUUUGACGAGAACCUGCAUUAUAAAUUAAUAAGAAAAGUAGAUUCCAUAACUCGUAGUGGGAGUAUUCAAUUAGACGUAGAUUACGAGACAAAUUCUGUACAUAUGAGCAAAUCUUUACCUUUGGAUAAUCCUACCUUUUCCGAAUUUGUUGACGAUAGCAAUGAUUUUAAGUUUUUUAAGUCUUCCUUCGAUGAAAGCUUAAGUUUUCAAUCAUUAAAAGAUGUUGAGCUAGAAAAUUCUAUUAAAUCCAAAACUACAGCAAAAUUAGUUAAAUCUUACUGUGAUCAUGAAGAGCUUUUACUUAGUCAAAUGUUAAGAAACUAUAAUUUGAAUGAACAAUGGUCAAAAAUUCUGAUUCAAUUAUGUGCACGUGUUGCUAAUCAUUUUCGACCUGAGUAUCUUACCAACGAUUUGAUGGAUAUAAGGAAUUAUAUAAAUUUCAAAAAGAUCGCUGGGGGUACACGGCAAGAUAGCACAUUAAUUAAUGGAGUUGUAUUUUCUAAAAAUGUUGCACAUAAAGAAAUGCUAACAAGAAUAGAGAAACCAAAAGUUUUAUUGCUACAGUGUCCUAUAGCUUUCGAAAGAGUAGAAGGAAAAUUUGUUAGUUUUGAAAAGUUAUUGCUGCAAGAGCGAGAAUAUCUCCGAAAUGUUACACAGAGAAUUUUGAGUUUUGAACCUGACGUUGUUUUGGUACAUAAAGAUGUGGCGGGGAUCGCACAAGAUAUGCUAAGGUCUGCAGGUGUAACGUUGGUAUUGGAUGUUAAAUUAUCAGUUAUGGAAAGGUUGGCUAAAUGUUUGCAAUGUGACAUUGUUACUUCGAUAGAGUCAAAAUUUCGGCCUGCAAAACUAGGUGUGUGCGAUGUUUUUUAUACUAAAAAUUUUAGCGAUGGCAAGGGUUCCUACAAAACAUUAAUGUUCUUUGAAAUGCUUUCGAAUGCAAGAUGCUGCUAUUGUUUACUUCGUGGUGGUAGUGUUUCUGAAUUAGCAAAAGUAAAAAAAGUUUCUUCAUUAUUAGUUUAUGCCAGAUAUAAUUGGCGUUUAGAAAUGUCAUUUUUGUUGGAUGAAUUUGCGAGACCUCCAUCCCCAAAGUUAUUGAUUUUUGAUUCUAAGGAACAUUCCCCUUCUACAGAUGUAAAAAAUGAAGAUGAAAUAAACGGCAACGAAAAGCAAUCCCCAGAUUCUUUUUCUGGAGAAAUAUUAUCUUUGAAAGAAGACGAAUCUGAUUUAGUAGAAGAACCGCAACAUAAACGUUUAGUGGAAAAGAAGUCUGAAGAAAAAUUAGUUACAAUUGAGAAUGUGUGCGAUUUUAGCGAUCCUUUGCGUGCACCAGAGAUUACAUCACCAAAAACCGAUCCAGACGUUUCCGUUGUAGAAUUUGCUGUUGAAACACCUUACGAUAACCGCUUUAGAACUGCUUUAAGUUCAACAGUUUUAUCUAUUAGUCCCUUCGUUGCAUUUCCGCUCCCGUACUUGGAAACAGAACAAGGUCGUAAAUGUUUACUUAGAUCAUUAUUUCCAAAUGAGCUAUUUUUUUCAAAGCAGUGGUCUAAUAACAAUAUUGAAAGGAAUUCUGUGUCAAACGAGCUGACUGAUUUUGAAAAAAAUAAGAAUUUGAACAAUGUAAUGUUAAAUCCCGUUCAUCCCUUUUUGGAAAUGCAAAUCACAAAACCAUUUGACGAUCGAGAAAUUCAAACUUUAUUGGCGGAAUUUAGAGCGUUUGGUGGCCGUUAUCCAAAAACAAAUAAGAAAUUUCAAGUUCUUAAGAGAGAAGAGUCGAUACAGAAGCCGCAAAAGGUGCCCGAGGAUUUCAUUUAUAAAGAUGCUCUUGAUUUGCAAAACCAUCAGCGCUUACCUGUUCUUUUUUGUAGUUUCUAUUACAAUCCUCAAACUGCUUCCUCUUUAUGUGCACAACCCUACUUAUUAGAUAUGAAAUUUUAUGGUCAGCAAGAUAUUAUGCUUGGGCAAUUUUUACAACGUUACUGUUUCAAAAGUUACAUAUGCCAAUUUUGUAAUUUACCAAUGAUGGAUCAUGUUAGAAGGUAUGUUCAUUCGAUGGGGUGUGUACAAGUUCAAUUAACGGAAGAUCCAAAUCAAAACGAAAGCGACAAAAUUUUUUUGAUGUCCGCAUGCUCUAAGUGUAACGUCUAUACUCCUAGUGUAGCAAUAUCUGAAGAUACAAAAUGUUUUUCCUUUGCCAAGUAUUUAGAAUUACAUUUUUAUGGUCACUCUUAUAAGAUACGAGAAAUUCAAGAUAGUUCAAAUGAAAAAUCUGAACAAAUUAGCAAGUGCCCUCAUUCAAUGCAUAAAGAUUAUGUUCAUUACUUUUCUAACAAAGGUAUAAUGGCAAAGUUUACUUACACACCAAUAGACGUUUGGGAAAUUGGAUUACCGCCUUUAAUAAUUGUAUUGAAACAACCGAAACCAUUCGAUAAUAUGGUAGUAUUAGAAGACGUAAAAAAAUUUUCAGUUCAAGGACAUGAAAUUUAUUCGAAAAUUCAUGAGAAAAUAGCGGAAUUAUCAACUGAAGACGAUUGCCCUAUGUUAAAUGGUCUCAAGGGUGUAUUAAAUCGCGAUCAGUUAAUAUUUAAGCAACAUAUAGAAAUUGUUCAAACUUUGCUAACAGAAAAGCAAGUGAAUUCUUAUGAUAUUAAUGAUGCAAUGUUGAAAUCGAAACGUGCUCUAGCUGAAAGUAUUGAGUUAUGGGGUCCACGAUUGAGUGACGCAUCUUCUCAAAUUAAAGUUCUGACAAAUAAACAAGAAAAUUCACAUGUUGAUUCUGGACAAAUUUGCACUGAAGAUUUGAAAACGGAUUUGGAUUCUCCAACAAGUGAUAGUUCUAAGUUGCCAUCGUUAGCAGAUUGUUCAAUAACUGAUAAUCAAGCGACAAACAUUGACACAACAACAAAUAAUAGUGACGUGGAACAAAACUCUCCACCUUUAAUAAAAAGUAAAGACAGUUUUAAAGUAAAAAAUACAUCAGAUUCAUCUUCAGACAAAAAAACGAUUAAAAAGAUGCUGAGUCAACUUUUACCAAAUACUGGGCAAGUAAAUGUUUUGCCUUCUCCGAUGUCAUUAAAUGAGCACUUAACAUUACCUUUGGGUGCUUUUCCAAUAUUAGUUCAUGACCAGGAUUUAAGCUCAAUUAUAGCAUAUUGCUUAGUUUCAAAUGAUUAUAAAAAGUCUUUAGAAUCUUUAAAUUCUCCAAAUGUUACCCAAAACGAAGCGAAUUCAACUAAUGGAAGCCCAAAUAUGAAAAGGAAAUCUCAUGAUAAUUCUGUUGAACCAGAAGACAAGGAUGGGGGUGUAAAAUUUGAAUCAACAGAAGAAAAAAAAACGGUGAAGUCAAAUUUUCAUAUAGAAUUGUAUUAUCAAGAUUUAACAACACAGUUUACGUGUAAAAUUUAUUUUGCUAAAGAGUUUGACAAACUUCGCUCUGUUGUACUGCAACCACCCAAACUUAAUAAAAGUGCAUAUAAAGAUAUAGAGAUUAGUAAAAAGAUGGAUGAUUCGCGUAUAACACAAAAGUCUAAUGUAGCAGAAAAUGAGCUACUAAGAAAAACAAGUAGUAGCAAUUUAAAUAAUAAAACAACUGAAUCAUCUCGAGAAUUUGCAAUAAAUCAAAAUGAUAUUACAGAUGAAACUCGAUUAUUUUUAGCGCGCUCACUAUGUAGAAGUGUGCAAUGGGAAGCAAGAGGCGGUAAAAGUGGUUCAAAGUUCAGUAAAACUCUUGACGAUAGAUUUGUAUUAAAGGAAAUGAGUCAAAGGGAAGUGGCAAUUUUUGAAAAUUUAGCUUCAAAUUAUUUUGAUUAUAUAAGUAAGUGUUUAAAAGAAAAUAAUCCAACACUUUUAGCUAAAAUUUUGGGGGUUUAUCGUGUAACUGUAAAGAAGAAAGAUUUUUUACAAGAAAAGUGCUUACUUGUCAUGGAAAAUUUAUUUUAUGAUUGCGAUAUUAAAAAUAAAUUUGAUUUGAAAGGGUCAGAAAGAAAUCGUUUAGUGGAUCCAACGAAUCAAAAUGGAGGAGAAAUAGUUUUGUUAGAUGAAAAUUUAAUACAGAUGUCAUGGUCGAAACCUCUCUACAUAUUAUCUCAUAGUAAGACGAUAUUAAAAGAAGCCAUAAAUCGAGACUCAUCAUUUUUAGAAAAGAAUGAUGUCAUGGACUAUUCAUUAUUAGUAGGAUUAGAUAAUGGAAAUAAAGUUUUAGUUCUUGGUAUCAUAGAUUAUAUACGCACAUUUACCUUCGAUAAAAAGGUUGAAUCCUUCGUCAAACAAUCAUUAGCGGGACAAGGAAAAUUACCAACUGUAAUUCGACCGGAACGAUAUAAACAACGUUUUAUUGAGGCAAUGGAUCGCUAUUUUCUUUCAGUUCCAGAUAGAUGGGAAGGUUUAUCAAAAAAAUAAAUAUUAUGUGGCAAAAUAAUCGUAAACACUUAAAAAUAUUUUGUUCAUUCCUUAAUUUUAAUUAAAAUAAUUUAAUUAAAAAAGUUUUUAAAAUCUUAAUUUUUUUUUGUAAAUUAUGUAAAUAUAAUAGCAAAUGAUUUGUAUGUACACAAAAUUAUAUGUACAUGAUAUUAAUUAGUAAGAAGGUGAAUAUCUUUUUUGAGCACUUGUAACAUUAUUAUAUACAUAUAUCACAAUUAUUAAUUAUUAAAUA